GGGGAGGCGGGGCCGAGACGUGGCACACGCCGCGCGGGGCCGUGCGCGCGGGCUCGGCCAAUCGGCGUCGGCGGCGUGCGCCUGCGCGUUGGGGCGUUCUGCCGCGCGGCGCCGCGCUCCGCUCCGGCUCCGGUUCCGGCUGCUGCUGGUGCGGCCGCGCUGCGCGUCCCCAUGGCGGCGGCGGGCCCGGCCUCGGCCGGCGGCGGCCGCUGGGAGGUGGUGCGGAAGGGCCGGCGGCCCGCGGGCGGCCCCGGCAGCCGCCGCGCUCUGGGCGAGGCCAACGCCGGCCGCGCGCUGCCUCUGGCCGCUCCAAUUGCUACCUCAGACACUCUCUUUGAGCUGGGGUUUGAGAAAACAAUGAAGAAGCAGAACAAAGAGCAGGUCCCUCCCGCUUCUGCACCUGAGCAGCAGCACAGGAAGCAUAACGCGGGGAAGAGCGCGAAGAAGUCGUCGGCUAGCGACGCCGGGCUCAAGCAAGGCAGAUUCCGCACGCUGGAGGAAGCGCUGAAAGCACUUGAUCUGGCAGAUCUUCAGAAGGAGCUGGAUAAAAGCCAGAGCAUGUUUCCCGAGAACCCAUCUGUCUGGGUUAAAGACCUGGCCGGCUGCCUCAACUAUAAGCUGCAGGCUCCCAAGAGCGAUCCCAUGCUCAGUCAGCACGCUCACGAUUAUCCUUACUGCCUCGUGAACAAAGAGCUGAAGAAUAUCAUCAAAUCCCUGCUGGGAAGAUCUUCCAGCGUGCUGGAGCUCUUCUUCGAUCACUGUAUUUAUACGAUGCUACAGGAGUUGGACAAAACUCCAGGGGAGUCUUUGCACGGUUACAGGAUCUGCAUUCAGGCAGUGCUGCUGGACCGGCCUAAAAUUGCAACGAUGAACUUGGGCAAGUACUUGGAGGUGUUGCGGUCCCACCAGAAUAGGCCAACGAAAUGCCUUACCAUCCUGUGGGCUCUGGGACAAGCUGGAUUCACGGACCUCACCGAAGGCCUGAAAGUGUGGCUCGGCGUUAUGCUCCCGGUGCUCGGGAUCAAGUCUCUCUCCCCGUAUGCUGUUGCCUACCUGGACCGACUGCUGAUGAUGCACCCAAAUCUGACCAAAGGGUUUGGUAUGAUUGGACCCAAGGACUUUUUCCCCCUCUUGGACUUUGCCUUCAUGCCCAACAACUCGUUGUCGCCCAGCCUGCAGGAGCAGUUACGGCAGCUCUAUCCUCGGCUGAAGGUACUGGCGUUUGGCGCUAAGCCGGAGGCAACGCUGCACACCUACUUCCCGUCCUUCCUUUCCCGAGCCACGCCAAGCUGUCCUCCUGACAUGAAGAAAGAGCUUCUGAACUCCAUGAGCCAGUGCCUGAGCGUGGACGCUUUGAGCUUCAGCGUCUGGAGGCAGCUGUACACCAAGCACCUCUCUCAGUCCAGUCUGCUUCUGAACCAUCUGCUGGAGUCCUGGGACAGCGGCAGCAAGAAGGUGCGACAGUCUCUGCAGGAAACAGUUCGUUCAUUCAAAGUGACUAACGAGGAGCUUGCUGCAAGAGGGCCAAACUGCGACCAGGAUGUAGCAGCCUGUGACGCCGCUUGCAAGAACCUGCUGCUCAAGAUGAAGGGCCGUGGCUUCCCCUGGUCUCGGCUGCUGCUUGUAAUCCUGGUCUUUGCAGCUGGCUUCCUAAUGCACGAUAUCCGGACGCAAGGGUCUUUCCAGGCCUCCUCCUCUGCUCGCAUACUUCGUUCUUCUGGCAUCCUGUCUGUCUCGCAGCAAGCCUGGCAUAAAGUCUCCCACUACUCCCUUGAAGGAUACAGGUGGUUGGAGAGGAACGUGCCUGUUUAUUACUCGCAAGUGGUAACCGUGUUGGAACCAAAUCUGAAGCUGCUUUGGGCAAAGACCAGCGAGACGGCUCUAUAUGUUUCUGGGAAGUGUUCCUCUCAGCUGUCUUGGAUCAAAGACAACCUGCCCUGGUUCAUUGAGUGGCUCCAGUCCCGGGUCCCAGAUUCCAUGCUGCACUUCGUGGAGUGUGUCAGAGAGCUGUUGCUCUUCCUCGUACGGAGCUGCCUGCUGCCGUUGCUGGAAUACGUAGCCGCAGCGCUGGAGCGGGGCUGGAAGCACUGUGUGGACUCCUGCAAUGGAGAAGUGUCGUGGGACUGCAUGAGAGAACAUCUGACAAGCUUUACCUAUUCCUCUUGGAUUUAUCUGCAAAACACAACCAUAGCCGUCAAAAACUGGGCCUUGGCUAUGAUUUCUGGACACUAAUCUGCUUUCUGGAGAAGCGGGGACGUGGUCAAGCCACUUGCUGAUGUUCCAGUGAUGGAGGAGUGUCUCAGCUGUGCAUUUCCAGUGCGGCUUGCACUGCUGUGGGGUAGAGAGGUGACAAAGGAGACGCACGCGGGGAUUUCAGGCUGGACUCAGGGCUCGCAGGGGAGGCUUUUACCUGGAAGAUGACAUGCCUGGGUUUUAUGCACCCUGUGAAUUAGCUUUGGCUUUUCCUGUCCCACUUUCCUGUCUCUAGGUCUUAAUUGGGUAAGUGAUCUGCUUACUGUUGUGUGCUUUGCUGUCUGCAAGCGAGUCUGCCCUGCUGCCCUGACACAUCAAUCAAUCAGGUGUGGAUACCCGGACGUCCCUUAUCAGCCUGCGCAAGGCUUGCACAGACUCUGCCCUUUCUCCCUCCACGUUGCUGAGGCAGCUGGUGGGGAGCUAGUGCCCUGGGUAAAUGAACCAGACUGAUUUUCCUUUUAA